AUGCCACCAUCACCAGCAGUGGUCGGCCGAAGUCUUGUGAAUUCCUUCAAACAGUUCGUCUCGAAAGAUUUACACACUCGGCAUGUGGACGCAACAUACCGCCUCGUGCUGGACUGCGUUGCCGCUGUCGACCCACUGAUGCGGCUUUAUACAUUCGGUUCCACUGUUGUGUACGGUGUGCACGAGAAGGGAAGCGAUGUGGACUUUGUUGUGCUCAAUAAAACGGAUGUGGAGGAUGGGAAAGGUGGGGAUGCAGCCACUCAGGUAGCUAAGGGGUUGCAGGCUGACAUCCUGGCUAAAUUAGCGCGUGUGAUAAGGCAGAAGCAUCUGUCGUGGAAUGUGGAAGAGGUCCGGCGAACGCGUGUGCCUGUUGUGCGUGUUAAGGGUGGUGGUGCUGUGGAUUUCGACAUCACUGCGUACAGGCGCAAUGGAGUACGAAAUAGCGCCUUACUUCGCGCUUAUUUUGAGCAAAAUCCACCGUGUCGCUGGUUGAGCAUGAGCAUCAAGCGGUGGAGUAAACAAACAGGACUUAACGCAUCUGUCAUUGGUGGAAGCAUAACUUCCUAUGGUUUCAACUUAAUGGUAGUUUACUAUCUACUGCAGCGGAAUCACCUCCAGUUUGUGCCUCCUUCCACUAUCGAUGUUUCCCGCGUUGAACCUUUGCCACCCCAUCUCCCGCUGGAGGAACCGGCAGACGAGGGAUUAGAGCUGGGAACACAGGUGCUAGAUUUUCUGCAUUUUUUCCUUCAUGAGUUUGAUUCGGACAAACAAGUAAUCUCAUUGAACCGGCCAGGUAUCACAACUAAGGAAGAAUUGGAUUGGACAAAGAGCGCGGAAGACUUUGCCCGUAUGAACGGCGAAAAGGUCCACUAUCAGUGGUGCAUCGAGGACCCCUACGAACUAAAUCUGAAUGUUGGUAGAAACGUUACACCGCUAAAGCGCGACUUUCUUCGUAGGCAUUUGGAGAAGGCACGUGACACGGCGCUACUCACUAUUGUCUAG